AGUUUUACAUAUGGAAAUAAAACAACACAGUAGGUAGUUUUAAAUGACUUUAUUGUUUUUCGAAGUAUUCUCCACGAAGAUUAAUGCAUGCGCUCGAACCAAUUUUCGAAGCACUUAUUCCACUCGUUUGCUGGCAGAUCCAAAACGGCAUUUUUGAAUGCGUCAACUGCUUCUUCUGGUGACUGGAACCUUUGACCCCGAAUCUGUUUUUAAUUUUCGGGAAAGUAAAUAAAUCGUUAGGACUUAGAAAGGUACUAUAUGGAGGAUGGUUCAAUAAUUCCAC